AUAUAAUAUAGAGAGAGAGAGAUGCCUUUUCUUGAUCUUGGACUUUUCAACGAGCCCACAUACAUUGGCUUGUGGAUCGAAUAUCUCAGGAUAUAAAUACACCAUCUCUGGCCUUGCAAAGUUUUAAACCAAAGAAUUAAUUGCUUUUGAAACAUCAUCCAUACAUAAAAGAAAGAGUGCGAGAGUGUACAAGAUAAAGAACCAAGAGAGAUGGUGAGGGCUCCUUGCUGUGAGAAGAUGGGAUUAAAGAAAGGGCCUUGGACACCUGAAGAAGAUAAGAUUUUGAUUUCCCAUAUUCAAAAAUAUGGCCAUAGCAAUUGGCGUGCACUGCCUAAGCAAGCUGGUUUAUUAAGAUGCGGGAAGAGUUGCAGACUCCGAUGGAUAAACUAUUUGAGGCCAGACAUUAAGCGAGGAAACUUCACCGAGGAAGAAGAGAAAACCAUUAUCAAGUUACAUGAAAUGCUGGGAAAUAGGUGGUCGGCAAUUGCAGCGAAACUACCAGGAAGGACAGACAACGAGAUUAAGAAUGUGUGGCACACCCACCUGAAGAAGAAGAUCAAACAAAAGCAAGAUUCCAAUAAUCAACAACUCUAUGUGACAGUACCAAAAUGUGAUGAUCUCAGUGUCAUUGACCUAUCAGAAUCUGACAAUUCCAUCAUUCCAGCUCUUCCAGGAUUAAUUGGAAGUCCAGGGCAUUCACCAAUGUCCCCUCAGCCCUCUUCUAGUGACCUUUCCACCGUAACCGAAACUUCAGGUGCCACCGCCGAAACAGACAACAUCAAGGUCGAAAAAAUGGACUCAUCGGAUAUGUUUUUUCCGUUGCUAGACCAAGAUCUUUGGUCAGAAGCAGAAUUAGCCGAGAAUUCCAGCAUGGAAUUGGCAUCAGACAGUAUGGUAGCAGCAGGAUUUUAUAGCAACUUUCCGAGAAUUGAUGAUGAUAACGAUAUGGAUUUCUGGUACAAUCUUUUUGUUAAAGCUGGGGACAUAGAGGAAUUACUAUAAUUUUUUUUGGAUGGCAAAUGAUUUUGAACAUCCAGGGGAAUCUUGCAGGCAUUUAUUUGACCGUUACCCUGGAAAACGAGAGUUAUCCAGAGUGGGCCAAAUUUGUCCAGAAGGAAGAAUAAAUAUAGAUAUCAUUCAUUGACGAGCAGAGAUUAUUCUAUGAUUUGUGGGCGUUUUUGAAGGGAAAUGACACACAGAAGAAUUAAAGGAGAAGAGACGAUGAGGCUGGAAAAGUUUUGUAUAGUGAUUAUUAGAUAGAUUACCCAUUAAUUCUAACUUACUCUUCAUUGAACAAAGAGAUUUGAAUUGAACUUGUAAUACUUGUCUAAUUAUAUUUAAUGCAUCAAAAAUUGUGCA